CAGGGACUUGUAGUAAUUAGAAGGUCUGGCCGCCGGUUGCUGCCUACAGCCGCCGCGUCGCGGUUACUAAGAGGUAGAGAAGGGUGAGAGACGCCACAGUGGAGCGGCUCCGAGAUUCCCGGGAGGCUCCCAGGCGCGCAUCCCGCCUGAUCGGGACGUCGCCGCCGCGGACGCCUCGGAGGUGGAAACGACGCUGGAUCAGACAGGUGAAGAAACAAACAAAAAAAGAGGUCAAGAGGUCUUCCCCAAGGUCAAAGAUCAAGGAGAUGGCCUCCUCAAGAAUCUACAAACUGGAUGAGAGGAACCCUUACCUGAACAACUGCUUUCCAGCCAAAAAUCUGCUUCAGACGCCAGAGGAAGGCCGAGGACACUGGUUAGUGGCUCGGAAAUGUAAUGUCAAGAAAAAGUCCAAGGGUGUGGUUGAGGCACCAGCUGAAGGUCAGGAAAGCCCGAAGAAGGUUUCUUUUGAGGUCAGGGGGAAGAAAAGGUCUCAACGGGGAAACCAAGAGGACAUUCCUGGACGUAUGCUGGACCAGGCUUUCCUGCUGAAGCACCACUGCGUGAAGAAGCCAUCAGACCUGUGCAACAUUAAUGUGAGUGGCCUGAAGUUCUCCAAGGCUAAGGAAAAGGAUUUCAAGCAUUUUCAUUCCGUGAUUUACAUCAAUGCCUCAGAAAACCUGCUGCCUCUGGAGGCAUUUCACACGUUUCCAACCUUAAAAGAACUGGAUCUUGCAUUUAAUGGCAUCAAAACCAUCUAUGUGAAAUAUGGAGACUUUAAGUUCUUGGAAUUCCUGGACCUUUCCUUCAACAGCCUAACUGCAGAGGCCAUCUGUGAUCUGGGGAUUCUGCCGCACCUCCGUGUCUUGCUGCUCACGGGCAAUGGGCUCACCAACCUGCCACCAGAUUUGGCUGUUGCCGAGCAGGAGGCAUCUGUAACAUCACUGACAAGCAAGAGGUACGUCCUGAGGUUCCCAGUGCUGGAGACACUGAUGCUGGAUGACAACAAACUCUGUAACCCCAACUGCUUUGCCAGCCUGGCUGGGCUCAGGAGACUGAAGAAGUUAAGCCUGGACCAAAACAGGAUUUCCCAGAUCCCGUACCUACAGCAGGUUCAGCUCCUCGAUGGAUCGGGGAGCCCCUGGAAAGAGUCCCAGUCCACGCUGCAGCCCAAGGCAUGGAUGUUUGAGGCCUCAGAUGAGCAGCCAGAUGAUACUGUACUGCCCAUGAAAAACGACGUUGACCAGACGGAGGUUGUGUUCUCAUCUCACCCUGGAUUUUCAACCUCAGAGACAACCAAAGUAUGUGGACUGCCUCCCAUAUUCAAGAUUCUUCCCGUGAAGUCACUGAAGGCCAGGAACCAGAUGCUGACCCCGCCCUUUCCAGAGCUGAGGUACCUUAGCUUGGCCGACAACAAGAUCUCAAAGGAAGAGUCCAUCCUGCCAGCAGCUCUCUUCCCAUCUCUCUGCGAGCUCAUCUUUCAUAACAACCCUCUGGUGGCCCACACACGAGGGGUCCCUCCACUACUGAAAAGCUUCCUCCAGGAGCGACUGGGGAUCCACUUAAUACGAAGGAAGAUAGUAAAGGCUAAGCAUCAUAUUUUGAUGCCUCAGAAGGACUCGUGGAAGGUGAAAACCCAAGUCCCAAAGGUGCCAAAGCAGCCACUGAGGCUCUGUCACCCACCUGUGACCACAAUCAAGUCUCCCUCAAAGAAGAUGUUACAGUCAGAGGCAGACACAAUUAAAGAGCUGUCCACUGUCCAAAACGCCUCUCUGGAGCUGGAGAUGCCUGCUGAGGGCAUAUGGGGCCUUUCUCUGUCCCACCAGACAUCUGUGCCACUGCCUCCCAUCUGCUCUGACUCCACUGUGCAUAGUGAAGAGAUCACACCCUGCCGGAGCGACACAGCAGGCCACCUCAGCCCAGAGCACCAGUCAGAGGAGGAUACCAAGAGCACAGACUGUAUAUUCCUGACCCAGGUGACUGGGCUGCCUCCAUCCAUCCUGCAGGAUGAUUCAGAGAUGAAGGAGAAAGACCAAAGAUCACCACGCACAGCUCCCAAAAAGGUGAAGAGGCCUCGGAGGAAGCUCCCACCAGCCUCCCUCCCCAGCAAGUACCAUGGCUAUGAGGAGCUACUCACAGCCAAGCCUGAUCCAGCCUUCACUGAGCCAAAGGGAAUUCAGAAGAAUGCUCAGGCCCUGCAGCACAUGCUGAAGCAUCCGCUGCCGAGCCACUCUCCCAAGCCCAAGCUUAACACUCCUUGGAAACCCUUUCUUCCUAAGGAAAAACGGGCCCAGAGGAUCCCUAUUCCGCCCCCACGGAAGACUCGAGCCCAGCUGCUGGAUGACAUCCUCAUUCGCAUGCGGGACACCAGGAACAUUACAGAGGCUCCGCUAGGAGCUGUCCUGCGCGGGCGGACGGAGCAGCGGCUGGUGAAGCAGCAGCAGUACCUGGAGGCCAAGCGGCUGUUGAAGGAGUUUCAGGCGCGCUACCAGCAGCAGGUGCACUGCUCACUGCAGACGGUGUUUGGGGCCACAGCACCGCCCCCAGCACGCCCUGCACUGAGCAAGGGCCAGUCUAAGUUAGGCCGCUUCCUUGAGUUCAUGGAUGAGCUCUGCCAGGAGCCCACAGCCAGUGACCCGAAAGGCUAGCACCGCACACAGCGCCAUACGCUCCCCCAGGGCUCUGUGCCCUCACCUGGGCCUCAGGCCGGCUGCACCUGGCUCAGGCCUUGAAGCACCACUCAGCCUUGCUCGCUGGCUCCUGGAACAUGGGGAGCUCAUCAGGCCCUCCCCUCCCCAGCCGGGGCAGGACCCAGCAACAAUAAAGAGUGGGUGCAUAGACCAAAGUAGCCUGUAUUCUUUCUUGGAGACUGGGCUUGGCUGUCAGGCUGGAGAAAGAUCCCCUGCUGAUGUUCAUCCCUUGAGUCUUGUGGGAAACCUGCCUGAGUCACAGGUGUCCAACAGAGCUGAUACGCGCUGGGAUGGAAAACAGCAGAUUGAUGGAACAGAGAAGUUAACUGACUCAUGGGCUGGCCAAUAAAGUGUGUGUUUGGGGUGGGGCUGGGGCAGGAACUAAAG